AUGUAAUAAAGUGCAAUAGCAGGUCCUGCAGUAAUGAAAUAUAAAAUAGUAUUUUUAGGUGAUUAAUCAGUUGGAAAAACAUCAAUAAUAAAUCGUUUUAUAUACGAUAAUUUUACAGGAAGUGAAUAGCCAACAGUCGGAAUAGAUUUUAUAUGUAAAACAAUAUAAUUAGAUAAUAAAACAUUAAGACUAUAAUUAUGGGAUACUGCCGGAUAAGAACGUUUUAAAAGUUUGAUUCCAAGUUAUAUUAGAGAUUCUAAUGCAGCAAUAAUAGUAUAUGAUGUUACAAAUUAAUCUUCAUUUAAUAAUUUAAGUAAAUGGAUAGAAGAAGUUAAAGAAGAAAGAGGAAAUGAUGCUUUAAUUUUUGUUUUAGGAAAUAAAUCAGAUUUAGAAGAUACAAAAAAUUAAUAAGAAGAGUUUAAUUAAAGUUUAAAAUAAUUCAAUUUAAGUGUUUAAAAAGUUUCAGCAAAGUCAGGUAAUAAUAUAGGAAAUUUUUUUAAAUAAUUAGCUGAAGCACUAAGUGGAGGUUAAUAAAUUGAUAAUAAGGGUGGAUAAAAAAUAUAAUAAAAUUAAGGAUAAUAAUAAAAUAUAUAAUUAUAAUCAAAAGAAUAAUAAGAAAAAGAUAAUUUAGAUAAAAAAAAGGGAUGUUGUUGA